UGGAAGUUGAGGGCAUUUUGUACGAAACUCUCCGUCCACUCUCCGCCGCCGGCACCACCACAACCGCCACCGACGACAUACCUCCGUCGUUGUCGUCCUCCGAUGAGCAUGAACCCUACGUCGUAUUCCGGAACCAGAUUUCACUAUCCAAUCUCCAGUGUCCCUCACCGGAAACUGCCGCGCCUGAUUACUUUUCACUCGACCUCGAUGGAGACGCUUCCGACUUGAAUAACGGUUCCGUAUCGACGCCGGUACCAGCUGCCACUCCUUUGCGGGAUAAAGAAGUAGAGAGAGGACUUGAAGGCAAUUGGUUUCGCGCUAAUUGUCGGUUUAAGAGUCCCAUGCUUCAGCUUCACCAAGAGAUAAUAGAUUUUUGUGAGUUUUUAUCACCUACACUGGAGGAGCAAGCAUCUCGUAAUGAAGCAGUAGAAUGUGUUUUUAAUGUUAUUAAAUAUAUCUGGCCCAACUGCAAGCCAGAGGUCUUUGGAUCAUUCAAGACAGGGCUUUAUCUUCCCACUAGUGAUGUUGAUCCUCGCAGAGAAGAAGAGAACCUACCUGGCAACAACCAAAAAUAGAAAAAAAACUCGCAGAGCAGUCGCUAAGAAGAAGAGAACUUACAGCAGCCGUCACAGCCUCGCAGCAGUCCAACAAAUAAUUGAAGUCGCGAAAGAGCUGGUGAUUUUAGGGUCAGAAAUUAGAAGUCCUCAAAUUGGGUUGCAAGCUCUUUCCAGAGCUCUCUCACAGAAAGGAGUUGCGAAGAAGAUACAGGUGAUUUCAAAGGCUCGUGUGCCAAUAAUAAAAUUUGUGGAGAAGAAAAGUGGCAUUUCAUUUGACAUAAGCUUUGAUGUGGAAAAUGGACCCAAAGCUGCUGAUUUUAUUAAGGAUGCUAUGUCUAGCUGGCCCCCUCUGCGACCAUUAUGCUUGAUUUUGAAAGUGUUCUUGCAACAGAGAGAGCUAAAUGAGGUUUAUACUGGUGGGAUUGGAUCCUAUGCUCUGCUUGUAAUGCUCAUAGCAAUGUUGCAGAACCAUCGAAAUGGCCAAGCUUCUGUGGAGGAGAAUCUGGGAAUUCUUUUGGUUAAUUUCUUUGAUAUUUAUGGACGCAAACUAAAUACAUCAGAUGUUGGUGUAUCUUGUAAUGGAGAAGCUACCUUCUUCCUGAAGAGUUGCAAAGGGUUCUCAAUUAAAGGAAAGCAAUCUCUCAUCUCCAUUGAGGAUCCACAGACACCAGAAAAUGACAUAGGCAAGAGCUCCUUCAAUUAUUUUCAGGUCAGAUCUGCUUUUUCAAUGGCUUUCACGACAUUGACAAAUGCAAAAGCCAUAUUUGCCCUUGGUCCCAACAGGAGUAUACUUGGCACAAUAAUUAGACCCGAUGAAGUACUAGUGGAAAGGAAAGGAGGAUCUAAUGGGGAAGUGACUUUUACUAACUUGCUCCCAGGCGCUGGGGAGGGACUGCAACAGUAUGGUGACCAGCAAGAGAUCUACUGUAACUGGCAAUUAAAUGAUAACGAAGAAGCACUCCCCCGAGGAAAUGGUAUUGCAGAGAAUGGUGGUGCUGAAUCCUCAGGAAAGAAGAGGAAAUCUUCCAAGGAUAAACAGCCUGCUAAGAAGGUGAAGGAAAACGGGCAUAGCAGUCAUAUCAGAGAUGAAGAGAAUUCCUCGAGGAAAGAGAAGAGUUCGAAAAAGCAUUGGAAACAUAAUAGAUGGUGAUAAAGAACAACAUCAAUACAUAUAGUGGUAAGCAUUCACCCUACUUGGAUGCCUCUACCUGAUAUUUAACCUAUUAUACCGACUUAUCUAUACACUGCAACUCCAUUGAGUUUCCGAGAUACCUGUUUCUCUAGUGGACUGAAUUGACAGUAUUUAUAUGGUGUAGUUCUUUAGCUAGUGGUAGCUACAAUAUCGACGUGUGAGCUUCCGUAUCAAGGUGAAAUUGUAUUUCACCUUCAGUGUUGUAAAAUGCCAAUUUUAACAAGAGUGCAACUGCUGCUGUAAUUCGAAAAGGGAAAAACUGUUGUAAGACUAUUCUUUUAAAAAAUACCAUUUGAUCCUUCUGCUUGGCCAGUCAAUGCCUAUUUUGGAGGCACAAUUUGACGAAA